AUGGUGCGCACGGCAUCAACGUGGCAAGAAGCCGAGGAGAACAUCGUCUCAUGUACAGCGCAGAUCCUCAACCAAGCGAUCGAGAUCCUGCGCUCCGGAGCGAUCGACGAUGCAUCCUACACAUUCUCGAGCCGAGUGAUCGCCGGCUCAACACCAGGCAAGCAUUUCCGACAUGUGCUCGACCACCUCCGAAUCCUGCUCGACUCGAUCGAGGCAUGGCAAGCUCGCUCGUCUAGCGUGCUUCGCGUCGACUACGAUUCGCGCAUGUCGUCCAAGGUGGCCCACAUCGAGACGUCAGUAGCGGCGUCGCUGCGCGAAUUCGAACGAACCAACAGUCGGUUCUACCGCAUCUUUGAGGGGUCCAAGGGCGAGCUGUAUACGCAGCCACUGCGACUUUGUGCCACGACGCCAUUCGUGGUGGAGAUGGACAGCACCGUGGGCAGGGAGCUGUGGUUCUGUGGGCUGCAUGCCAUUCAUCACUAUGCGCUCGCGAGGGUGAUGCUUGUCAAGGAAAGAGGACUCGAGGGGAUCGACGACCAGUUCGGCGUGGCUCCGAGCACGCUCGUGCAUCGCGAGUGGAGGAGGGAGACGAUUCGAGCAGGGCCGGCCGAAGACAGCUUGCAACUGCCAGCUACAACAGCGCAGCGACAGAGACAGGCGGGUGCAGAUCAGCGACAGCACUCGUCACCACGCCAUGCAUCGCUUCGGAGCAAACUGUGA